AAUAAUAAGGGAAAUAUACAUCAUGAAGCUAUUUUCAAUAUUAUCUUUAUUUUUAUUUUCAACAGUUGUUGUUAAUGCAGAUUUAUCAAAACGUAAACAUGGCAAACAUUCUAGUGCAAAAGAUUUACCGAAUUACGAUACCGCAUUAGCAAAAAUUGUACACCCUUUUGAUGGCAUUAUCUUUGGCAGUUUUGUAGCAGAGCCAGAUACACAGCGAUUCAAUGGCUCAUUAGCUAUUCAGGGCAAUUUUACAGCCAGCAAUUUUAUUGUUAAUUCUAGGCAUAAGUCCUCCAAGUGCAACAAACAUGGUCUUGUCGUCGGCGGCAUCUCGGACGCCACUAAUACCGUUGUUAAUGGUGACUAUUCCAUUGCUUCAGGAGAUACAACUGGCAUUAUCUCAAAUUGUUCAAAUACUCAUAUUAACGUUAACUUUAAGAGACUCUAUAAAAAGGCCCUACAGAUUUCACAAUCCCUUGCUAAAAUGAAACCUAAUAUGGUUAUUCGUCAUGGAGGAUAUUUAUCAGAUGGUGAAUUCUUAGGCAAGUCAAAACAAAAUUAUUAUGUCUUUACUUUCAACAAGUGUAAGCAAAAGAAGCAUUGUGUAUUGCCUGACUAUCUUUAUUCAACAUCUAAACAAAUUUUCCUUGGAGGAAAUUGGACUGGUCCUUAUAAUUCUCCAUAUUCUACUGACAAGCCUAUCGUCUUUAACAUUCCUAUACCAAGUAAUACAGUGUUUAAUAUGUCAACACCUAAUCCUGCAGCAGGUCUUAAGCAUGCUAACGUCAUUUAUAAUGUAUAUCCCGUUACAGAGACAGGAGCUUAUGAUCCCCAGGGACGUUUUGUUUGGCUUCGUAAUACAACACAUCGCUUGAAUGGCUAUGCCUUGGCCCCUUCAGCUUAUGUUGUUGAAAAUAACUUAGGAGGUUUCCGAGAUAAAUUAAUCGCUUCUCGUUACUUUUCCGCUCAGGAUUUGGAUGCCAUGUUUUUUAUUAAAAACUCAACAUUCACUCAACAUUAAAGAUAAUAAAUUAUGCGUACCUUCUAUAAAAAAAAAUGAUUUUUU